AUGAAAUAGUUAAGGGGAGAGGGAGCUGAGCAAGGGUAGUUUUGUUCCGCUGAAAGUCAUUUCAGCCUUUCUAAAUUUUUUAAUUUAAUUUGUUGUUUUGUGUUUUUUUGUUUGCUUUUUUUUUUAUUUAUUUUUUUUCUUUUGGUUUGUUUUAUUCCUCGCCACAUUCCAGCCAAGAAAGCAGCGCUACGAAGAUGAAAUACAUCAUAGGCAUCGGGGGUGUCACCAAUGGGGGCAAAACCACCCUGACCAACCGGAUCAUUAAGGCGCUCCCCAACUGCUGCGUGGUCCACCAGGAUGACUUCUUCAAGCCACAAGAUCAAAUAGAAGUCGGGGAAGACGGCUUUAAACAAUGGGAUGUGUUGGACUCCUUGGAUAUGGAGGCAAUGGUGAGCACAGUGCGUGCCUGGAUUGAGGACCCAGUGAAGUUUGCCCGUUCCCAUGGGGUGAAUGUUACACCUGGCUCUAAAGAGCUAGCCUCCAAAGAUACCCAUAUAUUGGUCAUUGAAGGCUUCCUGCUUUAUAAUUACAAACCCCUGAUAGAGCUGUUUGAUCUACGCUACUACCUGGCAGUUCCAUAUGAGGAAUGUAAAAGGAGGAGAAGCACACGUCACUACACCGUCCCUGACCCUCCCGGUCUCUUCGAUGGACAUGUCUGGCCCAUGUACCUAAAACACAGGAAAGAAAUGGAGGACAAUGGUGUGGAUGUUGUUUAUUUAGAUGGCCUGAAGUCUAGAGAUGAGCUCUACAAUCAAGUCUUUGAAGAUAUUCACAACAAGCUUUUGAAUUGCUGACAGGGUCUCAGAAAACCUGAAAGACCCAUGUACAGAAUGAUGUAAAUAGUUCUGAGAAGUUGGGAUGAGGGUUUAUUUGUGUAAACUCUUAUAUUGUCCAUUGGAAAGCAUCUUUUGUAUAUAAUU